UGAUAUAUUUGAUCAAAGAACUCACAUUCUUUCAAUGACAUGAAUGGUUGUGUAUUAUUACAGGAAUGGUAUCUUAACUUACUGCUCUGCCUACUGACCAGGGUGGGAAGGAAAAAGACUUGAACCAAAAAUCCAAUCAUUGAGCUAAAAAAAAUGAUAGUGAGAAAAAAAAUAGAAAAGAGAAAAAUGUUUCAAAAGGCACCACAGAAGUAGAUUCAGUUGGACCUAGUGACUUGCUAGAUGUAGGCCUGUAGAAGAUGAUAGAAAUUAAAGAUUUCUUAGCAAUCAUGAGCGUGACUCAGAGUAAUUUCACCAAUAGGUAAUGAAAAAAGAUAGAAAAGUUCAAAGUUUGAUGACAAGGUAAUUGAGUGUUGAUUUAGAAAUCAUCCAGCAGAAAUGUCUGGUGGGCAUAGUGAGGCGUAGGUCUAGAAUGGGACACAGGCCAGUGUUAAAGAUGUAUAUUUAGAAACCAUUCACUUACAGUCAAAGUGACAAGAAGGGAUGACAGCACCAAAGAAUAAUGUGUAGAAAACAAGAGUGCCAGGCACAAAACUAUAAGGAAUGACAAGAUAUAAAGCACAUAUACACUGGAAGAAAGAAGAGGAACAAGCAGAAAUAUUCCAAUAGAAGUAUUUUCAGAGGGCAUUUGUUCAGAAUUCAGUAAGCCUGCGGUGGUCAGUAUCAAAUGUGUCCAAGAGGGUGUAGGAGAAUAAACAUAAGAAACAAUGACUGGACUGGAUGUGAGAUAAUUAGCAAUCUGAGGUUAUUUUCAGUAAAGUAGGGGACCAAAAUUCAGGAGUGAAUAGGAGGGGAAGUAUGGAGGAAGUAAAUGCAGAAAGUCUUUCUAGAAAUAAUGAAAGGGAAGAAAUAUAAAAAUACAAGAAAUCUAGAAAUAGAAAGGGAACAUACAGGCCAUAGUCUGGUCCAUUCGUUUUACAGAUAAGAAAGCUGGACCCAGAGAAAUUAGCUAAUACCUUUAUACCUUAGACAGAAAACCAGUAAAGAUGAAAUGGUAAUUCCGGAGGGAUAAGGAUCAAGGAAGACUUUCUGUCUCCAAAGAAGAGUCCAUUUAAAUCCUCAUUUCUCAUUUAAGACCUGGCCUCCUUCCUCUGGUACCAUGAGACUUGGUCUUGAAAUUAUUUUCAAAGAAAGACCAUAUUAUCCACUGAAACCCAUGACUGUGAUGGCUCACUUGCUAAAGAAAAUGUAAUGUCAUUGGUUUGAGCAAGGAAAGAGAAAUCUGUCUAGACGCUUUUUUAUUCUUAUAGGAGUUCUGUAGUCCUGAAACCUGGAAGACAGGAAGAAUUGCUCAUACUAAAUUUGAAAUGCAUCACUAUAAUAAUCUUGAUAAUACUCCUCCCUGUCCCAUUUUGGAGAUAACAAAUAACCCCAAGGUAACUAUCCACCUACAGAAAUGGACACAGUAGGGUAAAGGCAUUCAUUAAAAAAAAAAUUACCCAAUUAUGAAUAAUUCAUGAUGAGCUGGCAAACACCAGUUUGCUAUGGGUAGCUAGGUUCAUCGAGAAACACCCUGAUAAUGUGUAUAUAAAGACAAACUCAACUGUUCGAACUGGACAUUUGCCAUCAGAGCUUCACUCCAGGAACAAGCUCUGUGGGUCUGGACAUCAUGUCUAUGCGCUUUUCUUCUGCAUCCAGACGGCUUGGCUCCAGCGGGGGAGCGGGUUUUGGGGCUGGAAAUGCAUGUGGUGUGCCGGGCAUUGGAAGUGGCUUCUCUUGCGCUUUUGGGGGCAGCUCAUCUGCAGGAGGCUAUGGCGGGGGGCUGGGUGGAGGAAGUGCUUCUUGCGCUGCCUUCACCGGGAAUGAACACGGCCUCCUGUCGGGCAACGAGAAGGUGACCAUGCAGAACCUCAACGACCGCUUGGCCUCCUACCUGGAAAAUGUGCGAGCACUAGAGGAGGCCAACGCUGACCUGGAGCAGAAGAUCAAGGGCUGGUAUGAGAAAUUUGGGCCUGGUUCUUGCCGUGGUCUUGAUCAUGAUUACAGCAGAUACUUCCCAAUAAUUGAUGACCUUAGGAACCAGAUCAUUUCUGCAACUACCAGCAAUGCCAAUGUUAUCCUGCAAAAUGAUAAUGCAAGACUAACAGCUGAUGACUUCAGGCUAAAGUUUGAAAAUGAACAGGCCCUUCACCAGAGCGUUGAUGCGGAUGUCAGCGGUUUGCGCAGGGUCCUGGACGAGCUGACUCUGUGCAGAACCGACCUAGAGAUCCAGCUGGAAACCCUGAGCGAGGAGCUGGCUUACCUCAAGAAGAAUCAUGAGGAGGAAAUGAAGGCUCUGCAGUGCGCGGCCGGAGGGAAUGUGAACGUGGAGAUGAACGCGGCGCCCGGGGUGGACCUCACGGUCCUGCUGAACAACAUGCGGGCGGAGUACGAAGCCCUGGCUGAGCAGAACCGCAGGGACGCGGAGGCCUGGUUCAACGAGAAGAGCGCCUCCCUGCAGCAGCAGAUCUCCGACGACGCUGGUGCCACCACCUCUGCUCGGAAUGAGCUAACCGAGAUGAAACGUACUCUUCAAACCCUGGAGAUCGAACUCCAGUCCCUCUUGGCAAUGAAACACUCCCUGGAGUGCUCCCUGACCGAGACCGAAGGCAACUACUGUGCGCAGCUUGCCCAGAUCCAGGCUCAGAUCGGGGCCCUGGAGGAGCAGCUGCACCAGGUCAGAACCGAGACGGAGGGCCAGAAGCUGGAGUACGAGCAGCUCCUCGACAUCAAGGUCCACCUAGAAAAGGAAAUUGAGACCUACUGCCGCCUGAUUGAUGGAGAGGAUGGCUCUUGUGUUAAAUCAAAAGGCUACGGAGGACCAGGGAAUCAGAUAAAAGAGUCCUCUAAAACCACCAUGGUGAAAACAAUUGUUGAAGAAAUCGAUCCUCGUGGCAAAGUUCUCUCCUCCAGAGUUCACACUGUGGAAGAGAAAUCCACCAAAGCCAACAACGUGAAGAGUGAACAGAGGGUGCCUUCCUGAACUCCAGAAGAAGAGCCCCUAAAUUAAAAUACCAAACUGAAGCUAGGUUCCUGAAUAAAAUCUCCCUUAGUUUUUUGCUUUUCUUCCGAUGAAUUAAGACAAGCUAUUUGUCAAAUGGUAACAUUUCUUUGGCUUUCUCUAUGGUGGCAUGUCAAUAAAAGUUCUUCCUGUUGCAAGUCA